AUGACGACAAGCACCCCAAACGCGGCCAAUGGCCCCAAAGUCCACGUUGCGCUGGUGCAGCUUCCGGCCGCCAUGCCGGACGGCAAGGCGCCCCAAGUAAACCGCAUGCGCGAAAUGGUGCGCGAGGCGGUCAAGGCCGGCCGUGACGCUGGCGAAGUAGUUGACAUCGUCGUCCUCGGUAGCCACGACGAGCUGGUCAAGAAUGCCGAGCCUAUUCCCCCCAUUGGCGCCCCCGAGAGCUCGUGGCCCGCCGAGGCGAAGACGUGUCGCGAGAUGGCGGAGGCGGCGCGCGAGAGUCGCGUCUGGGUUCUGGGGGGAAGUAUUCCCGAGGCUGCGGAUGGCAAGAUGUAUAACACGGCGACGGUGUGGAGCCCAGAUGGGACGCUCGUGCAGACCUAUCGCAAGACGCACCUGUUUGACCUAUGCCUGCCCAAGAUGACAUACAAGGAGAGCGAUACGUUUGGCGCUGGCGACAAACUCGCAAUGUUUGACACGCCAUUCGGCCGUUUCGGUAUCGCCAUCUGCUACGACAUCCGGUUUGCCGAGAUCGCGACGAUCGCGGCCAGACAGGGAUGCACGGCCAUGUUCUACCCGGCCGCGUUCAACACGCACACAGGCCCUCUGCACUGGGAGCUCCUCCAGCGCGCGCGCGCACUCGACAACCAGAUUUACGUCGCUACGUGUAGCCAGGCGCGCGACCCUGGAGCCAAGUAUGAGGUCUAUGGGCACUCGAUGGCCGUCUCGCCCAUGGGCGAGGUGAUUGGCACCGCGCAAGAGAAGGAGGCGAUCGUGCGUGUCACAUUCGACCCCGAGGUCAUUGCCAGCACGCGGGCUGGCAUUCCGCUCCUCGCCCAGCGCCGCUUCGACCUGUAUGCUGACGUGUCCGCCGUGCAGCCGACGGCGAACGGCAAGUGA